GCUGAAAAUGGCGGAUUCGCCGGCGGACUCGACAGAAGCAAAAGCCGAUACUCUGCGGCUGGAGUUGCACAAGGUACUGACGGAUGUUUUCCACGACGGACUAGGCAAAAAUGGCGGCGAGAAUGAAGGAAGUAACAGAGUCUUGAAAGCAAUCGAUGAGUCUGUUGUUAGAAUCUUGGAUUGUCUGAGGAAAGUGGAAUCGGAGAAGCCACCGUUGAAAGUGCCGGAAGAGUUUAUAUGUACACUCUCGAAGAACAUCAUGAUCCAACCUAUGAUCAUAUCUUCUGGCCAGACGUAUGAACAUAGAUACAUCACAGAGUGGCUGAAGCAUAACCGUACGUGUCCCAAAACCAAAGAAGUCCUCUCACACAUGUUUUUAACACCAAACCAUUUGAUGAAUGAGUUGAUAACGCAAUGGUGUCGAGUUAACAAAGUUGAUCGACCAAAACGUUCAUCUGAUGAACUAUUCAUGAAACUGUUCAGCGAUGACAUGGAAUCGUUGCUUCAGCGUAUCUCCUCUCCCUCCUCGGUUUCAAAUCAGCUAGAAGCAGCGAAAGAGCUUAGCCGCCAGACCAAGAAAUAUGUCACCGCUUGUAUCUUCUUUGUCGCGCAGCUCCCUAAUUCGAUCACCAGGUUGCUCACUCCGCUCUCUGUUUUGGGAGAUGACGUAGACGCCAAUCCUGAGCUUCAAGAGAGUAUCAUCACAUCAUUGUUGAACAUCUCGACUGCUCAACCGGAUACAACAGUAAUUGCUAAGAACCCUCAUGUGAUGCCACUGCUUGCAAAGUCUCUGCAAAAGGGUACAGUUGUAACACAAGAAGCCUCUGCGGCGACUCUAACGUUACUCUCAGACAUUGCUUCUAACAGGAUCAUCAUCGGGAACUCAGAAGCACUCAAGGCUCUGAUAGAUCUACUCGAACGGUCGUCACCAGAUACCACGGUUGAAGCAGCUGCUCACGCUGUUCUCGACUUCUGUAAUGGAUCGGAGAGCUAUGAAAAGGCGAUUUCAGCGGGUUUGAUUCCAGUAGUAAUCAAAAAUAUCAAAGCAGGAAGAUAUGUGGAUGAGAUGCUAAAUAUCUUGACAUCGAUUUGUACGGACAGCAGGGCUGCCAAGGAAAUGGAGGAUCUAGGGUUUUUUAAUGAUCUGUUGGGGAUGUUGAGGAAACCGAGUAGCUCGAUGACUUGUGAGAAUGCUGUAGAAAUCAUCUUCAACAUGUUUAUGAAAAACAAAGACGGGUCUAGACUGGAAAUGCUCGAAGAAGAGGAGAUUAAACACGGGACAUUUAUGGAGCUUUCACAUAAAGGAUCACAUAAUGCGGUCGGAAGGGCCGAAUGGAUCUUAAGGUGGAUUAAGAGGUUCGCUGAUAGUAAAGAGAGAGCCACUGAGGGCACAGAGGCCUGA